AUGAAGGGGGUGGAACACUUUUUGAACAAGGUGAAGGGGGUGGGUGGGAAGGAUGUUAGGAUGUUAGGAUACUCUGAGAUUCAAUUCCGUUUCGAUCCAAUCUCAAAUCUCCAAAAGGAAGUGGAGUCAGUGAGGUACUGGACACUUCCGUAUGGGUAUGGGUGUGGAUGGGUAGGCCAAAUGAUUUAUAUCGCUUGCUGCAUCGACUCUCGAACGUCAAAGGCGUAUGGAGUACAGUAUUUGUAUCGAAAACCGAUUUUGGUAAUUUGGUAUGAAUUUUGGGUAAAUCGAGGUGCAAGGUUAAGAGAGGCUUGUUGCUGUGCUUUGCUUUGCUUUGCUCUGCUUUGCUGCUUUGCCUUGCUUCGCUUUGCUCCAAAGUUGCUUCGUACUGCUUGCAGAUGGCUAGGCUGGACCUUACCGUACGAAGUAAUUGUCUGUAUGGGUCCUGGAUGGGUGGAUGGGUAUGGAUGGAUGUAUGGAUGGAUGUAUGGAUACUGUAUGGGUACCGUAUGCGUAGUGGAUGAACAGGCCUAA